CUAGUGUCGAGUCGGGUUGAUAUUGAGCAUGCGCACAAACAAACGCAGUCUCUUUUUAAUCAAAUGACAAGAACAGGACCCGAGUGUUCUAAAAAUGGACGCUGUUUUGCCUUUUUUUAUCGACGAGUUUUUAGAAAACGAGGAAACGGAUGAUAUUCAUGUUAUUGGGGAAAACAACGACUAUGUACUUUUUAUUUCCUGUCUACCCACGAACAUCAGAUGUGAUGUAGCCAAAAUUGAUAAAUUUGUUGAAGAAAUAAUACCAAGUAUGAAUAUCAGUGAAUUUAAAAAACAUUUUCGAUUGUCUAGAGACAUAUAUGACAUUCUUCUGCUUGAAUUAGGACCAUCACUUAAAUAUAGAGAACGUAAUAUGGGUAGGCCUGCCUUAACUCCUGACAAACAACUCCUGAUAUUCUUGUGGUACAUCGCCAAUCAAGAUUCUAUGCGAGAAGUUGCAUGUUUAUUUGGCGUUAGCCCUUUCACAGUUCAUAGAUGUGUUCGCCGGGUCUCAAAGACGUUGUGUGACAAACUUUUGCGAAAAUUCAUUAUUUGGCCUGAUCAUGAUGCCCAAGAACAUAUAUCUCGAGUUAUAUACGAGUCUAGUGGUUUACAAAAUUGUAUUGGAUUUAUUGAUGGAACUCAUAUUGCGUUAUCAUUCAUUCCAAACGGUGAUAAAGAUUACAUUAAUCGGAAAGGAUACCCAUCUAUUCAGCUACAACUUGUUGUUGAUGACCAGAUGAUGAUAAGAGACACCUACGUCGGGUGGCCCGGCUGCGUCCACGACGCCAGAGUGUACCGCAAUUCACCAAUUUUUAACCGUUUGGAUCAUGAUAAUGGGGUUAACCUUGCACAAGAGAAAUAUCUAAUUGGAGAUGCAGCAUAUCCACUUUCAUCAUUCAUGAUGACACCCUUUAGAGCUGUGGGUAAUCUCUCAAACGCACAGAAGCUUUUCAAUCGCAAGGUAUCAUCAAUUAGACAAACAGUUGAGAGAACAAUAGGUCACUUGAAAGGGCGUUUCCGUCGGUUGCGUGAACUUUACUGCAUGAAUAUCGAAGACUGUUGCUACCUCAUUACAUCAGCAUGUAUUUUGCAUAAUUUGUGUGUACUGAAGAAAGACGACAUGGAUGACUAUCUCGAACUAAAUCCAAAUCAAGCAAACAGAGUGAACUAUUAUCCCAAUAUAGACCUUCAGCAGUUGGGGAGAGAAGUACCAUGUCAUCAGCAUACAUUAGGCAAUGAAUGGACAUAG